AUGGCUAGACGUGGGUUUGGCACUAAUGGCCAGAGGAUCUCUUUACUGACUAACCAUUUCAAUGUGAAACUUAGCAGCAACAGUGAUCACUUUUAUCAAUACAAUGUGGAUUUCUUCUAUGAAGAUGGGAGUCCUGUUGAGGCAAAAGGGGUUGGUCGAAAAGUACUAGACAUGGUCCAAAAUAUGUAUAAUUCUGAGAUAGGUGGUAAAGGGUUUGCAUAUGAUGGUGAAAAGACAUUGUUUACAGUAGGCCCGUUUCCAGGAACUUCUCUCGAGUUCCGAGUAUUGUUGGAGAAUCGGUCAUCAAAUAGAACUGUAAGAGGAGGCAGCCCAAAUGGAGAGGAAACCAAGCGAUCAAGGCGUCAAUCUCAAUCGAAGUCAUAUACUGUGAAGAUAAGAUAUGCAACUAAAAUCCCGAUUCAAGUAAUCUUUAAUGCACUUCAAGGGAAAGAUUCUGAGCAAUUUAGUGAAGCAGUAAGGGUUCUCGAUGUUCUUCUAAGGCAACAUGCUGCAAAACAAGGUUGUCUUCUCGUUCGACAGUGUUUCUUUCACAACGACCCAAGAAACUUCGUAAGCCUUGGGGGCGGGGUUGUGGGGUGCAGGGGAUUUCAUUCCAGUUUUCGGGCCGCUCAAGCUGGAUUAACUUUGAAUAUGGAUGUUUCAACUACAAUGAUAGUCAGACCAGGGAAAGUCGUGGACUUCCUUCUAGAGAAUCAAAAUGUUCGAACCUUGAGGGAAGUCGACUGGAUUAAGGCUAAAAGAACGCUGAGGAGCCUUCGUAUUAAGAGCUUCCCUACUAAUCGUGAGUAUAAGAUUAUUGGGCUGAGCGAAAGAAUAUGUGGAGAACAGAAAUUUAUGUUGAACCAAAAGACUGCCAACGGCACAGCUAAUUCAAUCGAGAUAACAGUCUAUGAAUAUUUUGCCAAAUAUCAUCAUAUUGAAGUUAAAGACUCUUAUGAUUAUCCAUGCCUAGACGUUGGGAAGCCAAAGCGACCUAUUUACCUCCCACUUGAGUUGUGCGAAUUGAUAUCCCUACAAAGAUAUACCAAGGCGUUGUCAAGUUUACAAAGAGCUUCACUUGUUGAGAAAUCUAGACAGAAGCCUCAAGAACGAAUGAAAGCCUUGACGGAUGCAUUGGGGAAAAGUAACUACCAUGCUGAUCCUCUUAUUAACUCAACCGGUAUCACAAUCAGCACAACAAUCACUGAAGUUGAGGGUCGUGUUUUGGAACCCCCAAAGUUGAAGUCUGGAAGGGGAGGAGACUUGUUUCCUCAUGGUGGGCGAUGGAACUUUAAGAACAAGGUCAUAAACUCUUCCUUUAUGGUUGGGUCAAAUGCACGCUGCAACAUUGCCGCAUUAAGCAGAGAUCUAGUCAGGUGCUGUCGCGCAAAAGGGAUGGAUCUUGAUGACCCAUAUGAAAUAAUCGAAGAGAGUCCUCAGUUUAGGCACGCUUCUGCCCCUGAUCGUGUAGGCAAGAUGUUUGAAGCGAUAAGAAAAGCACUUCCAGGCUCACCUUUGUUUCUUCUAUGCAUUCUCCCUGAACGAAAGAAUUCAGACAUUUAUGGUCCGUGGAAGAGAAAAUGUCUAGUAGACUUUGGGAUCGUCACACAGUGCAUGGCGCCCACGGCUAGGAUCAAUGACCAGUAUCUGACAAACUUGCUUCUAAAGAUCAAUGCCAAGAUGGGUGGAAUAAACUCUAUGCUAUCCCUCGAGCAUUUGCGGUCUAUACCAUUGGUGUCAGAGACCCCAACCAUAAUCUUUGGAAUGGACGUGUCCCAUGGUGCUGCUGGCCGUUCUGAUGUUCCUUCGAUUGCAGCUGUUGUUAGCUCGAGAAAAUGGCCAUGCAUUUCUCGCUAUAGGGCAUCUGUUCGUACACAGUCUUCAAGAGUUGAGAUGAUUGAUGAUCUAUUUAAACCUCUUCCCCCAACGAAAGAGGAUCCAAAGAAAGAUGAAGGAAUGAUCAGGGAACUUCUGGAGGACUUCUACCAAAGUACCCCUAGGUUGAAGCCGCAAAAUAUUAUUAUUUUUAGGGAUGGGGUAGGCGAGUCACAGUUUAAUCAGGUGCUCAAUAUCGAGCUUGAGGCAAUAAUGCAGGCAUGCAAGUUUUUAGAAGAAAAUUGGGAUCCAAAGUUCACGGUGAUUGUGGCCCAGAAAAUUCAUCACACGAAGUUUUUUCAAUCCAACUCGCCCUUAAAUGUUCCACCAGGAACAAUUAUUGAUAGUAAAGUUUGUCACCCGAAGAACAAUGACUUUUACUUGUGUGCUCAAAAUGGAGCGAUUGGAACCACACGACCAACUCAUUACCAAGUACUUCUAGAUCAGAUUGGUUUUUCCGCCGAUCAGUUGCAAGAGCUUGUUCAUUCCCUGUCCUAUGUGUACCAAAGGAGCACCUCUGCCAUAUCCGUAGUUGCUCCGGUUUGCUAUGCUCAUUUAGCAGCAGGGCAGAUGGCUCAGUUCCUUAAGUUUGAUGACAUGGCGGACGCUACAUCUAGCCAUAGUGGUGGUUUUGGUCCUGCAGGUGGUUUCCCACAAAUGCCCGAGCUCAAGGAAUCCGUGCGCAGUUCUAUGUUCUUUUGUUGA